UAUUCAGCAGCCAAGGGAAGAGCACUCUUAACCCCAAGAAAGUGAGACAGGGAAACUUAGAAGCAUAACAAAGCAAGAGGUCAAAGACCACCAAUUAAAAAAAGUACAGGGAACUUACUGGGAAUGAGCUGAUGGGUAUGCCAAGGUGAAAUACAUCCAAUUAUAUAGGCAUUGGAUUAAUGGCAAAACUGAGGUGUUUGGCAGGCUUUUAGGUAUCAGGCAGGAAAUGAUGUGAAGUGAAUACUGAUGUUAUUAAGGAUUGUUGUAAUUAGAGCUUGAAGAGGUCGAACUUGCUUUUACCAUAUAGAUACAUAUAUAGGAUCUUAUAUCCUAGUUUGAAACUGGAUAUUUGCUAGGAAGAAGCAGUGGAUACAGCUGUCAAAUGGAGUGAUGUUGUCCAUCUCUAGUUUUGGACAGUCCUUGGAAAGGAACCAGAAGAAAGCAGCAGCCUCAUUUUGAAAUUCUGAGACUGGUUCUCUGGCACCUAAUGUAGAGCCUCACUUUGAGAUUGCGAGACUGGAUAUCUGGCAGACUGGGGUGCACAUUAGGAUGUGCUCAGAUUAUGGGGGGUAACCAGUCUACACGUGGUGUACCAUUUGAUGCUUCUGGGGAAGUGAAUUUUGACCACUUCCUGAUAUUACGUGCAAUCGGCAAAGGCAGCUUUGGGAAGGUGUGUAUAGUCCAGAAGAGAGAUUCAAAGAAGAUGUAUGCGAUGAAGUACAUGAAUAAAGCAAUGUGUGUGAAGAAUGAAGCCGUGAGAAACGUUCUGAAAGAGGUGGAGAUACUGACAAACCUAGACCAUCCAUUUCUCGUCAAUCUUUGGUUUACAUUUCAGGAUGAGGAGGACAUGUUUAUGGUUGUGGAUCUCCUGCUGGGUGGAGAUCUAAGGUACCACAUUCAGCAAGAAAGUCAGUUUAACGAGGACAGAGUGAAGCUGUAUAUUGCUGAGAUAUCUUUGGCUUUAGAUUACCUGCAGUCUAAACAUAUUAUACACAGGGACAUAAAGCCAGACAAUAUUCUGCUUGAUGAAGAAGGUCAUGUCCAUAUAACAGACUUUAACAUCGCCACGGUGAUCAGUGAGGGACAAUUAGCCACCUCUAUGUCCGGAACAAAGCCUUAUAUGGCUCCAGAAAUGUAUGCUUGUGCCUUAGAGGAAUGUUCUGGUUACUCCUAUGCUAUAGACUGGUGGUCACUGGGGAUCUGUGCCUACGAAAUGCUCAGAGGAAGGAGACCAUAUGAGAUCCAUUCAAGCACAACUGCUCAAGAAGCAAAGCAUAUUUUUACUGGUUCACGGCCCUGCUCAUCUGCCUUGUGGGAAGAAAGUAUACGAGGAUUGCUCAAACAGUUGUUGCACUUAGACCCAGAAAAGAGAAUAUCUACACUGACAGUGCUGAAAGAAAACAAAUACAUGGAAGACAUUGAUUUUGCCAAGGUUCUACAGAGGCAAAUUAAACCCUCAUUUGUGCCUUCAAAAGAUCAUUUGAAUUGUGACCCCACCUAUGAGCUUGAGGAAAUGAUAAUUGAAGCCAAUCCAUUGCACAAGAAGAAAAAACGACUAGCAAAACAGAGUUCCAGAAGAUCAGAUGGACAUGUGAAUUCUCAGGAAACAAAUGAUGAAGAAAAAGCAAUAGAAUUAGCCUUUGCCAACUUCCAGGCCUUCAACAGGGAGAGAGAGACAGGUGAGAAGCGCCGCCUCCGUAUGACAACAAGUGAUUCUGCUUUAGCUCAACAUAAGAUAUCUCAUUCAGACGUAGAUAAAGACUUUAAGAAAAAAGCUCUAAGUAAAGCGAAUAGUGAAUCUACUGCACAAUAUUUAAGGGUGCAGGACAAGACUUGAUGUGGAGAGUUUAAUGUUAUUAAGUUUAAUCUAAUUGUGAUAAUGUUUGACUUAAUAUGUUUUCCUUAUCUAGUCAGGACCUUAUAAUGUUAAUUAAUGAUAUACAGUCGAACGUCGUUCCCUCGAAUUCGGAUAAUUUGAGCACCACCCUUCAUUCAAAAUCAUCGUCAGGUCCCGGCCAAAUUCCUAUAUUAAAUUUUUAUUGUUCGAUAACUUGAACAAAUUUUGACGAUCCUGUUGAGCUCGAGAUUAUGAAGUUUGACUGUACAUAUAACUGAUUAAUUGUAAAGGGGUUGACCUAUGCUACAGGAUUAUAUGUAUGGCAUGGACCUUGGAAAGCCUUGCAGUUUGUUUCAACUGCUUUUUAGCUCACCUGUCACAAAGUGACAAGGUGAGCUUUUGUGAUCGCGUGGGGUCCGUCCGUAAACUUUUGCUUGUGACCACUCUAGAGGCCAUAUUUUCCAAUGGAUCUUCAUGAAAAUUGGUCAGAAUGUUCACCUUGAUGAUAUCUAGGUCAAGUUCGAAAGUGGGUCACGUGCAAUCCAAAACUAGGUCAGUAGGUCUAAAAAUAGAAAAACCUGGUGACCUCCCUAGAGGCCAUAUUUUUCAAUGGAUCUUCAUGAAAAUUGGUCUGAAUGUUCACCUUGAUGAUAUCUAGGUCAAGUUCAAAAAUGGGUCACAUGCGGUCAAAAACUAGGUCAUUAGGUCUAAAAAUAGAAAAAUUUUGUGACCUCUCUAGAGGCGAUAUUUUUCAAUGGAUCUUCAUGAAAAUUGGUCAGAAUGUUCACCUUGAUAAUAUCUAAGUUCGAAAGUGGGUCACAUGCGCAUGGUGUCCAUCCAUCUGUGCAUGUGUACGUCCGUUUGUAAACUUUUGCUUGUGACUACCCUAGAGGUCACAUUUUUCAUGGGAUCUUUAUGAAAGUUGGUCAGAAUGUUCAUUUUGAUGGUAUCUAAAUCAAGUUCGAAAAUGGGUCACGUGCAGUCAAUAACUAGGUCAGUAGGUCUAAAAAUAGAAAAACCUUGUGACCUCUCUAGAGACCAUAUUUUUCAAUGGAUCUUCAUGAAAAUUGGUCAGAAUGUUCAUCUUGAUGAUAUCUAGAUCAAGUUUGAAACUGGGUCACGUGUGAUCCAAAACUAGGUCAGUAGGUCUAAAAAUAGAAAAUCCUUGUGACCUCCCUAGAGGCCAUAUUUUUCAAUGGAUCUUCAUGAAAAUUGGUCAGAAUGUUCACCUUGAUGAUAUCUAGGUCAAGUUUGAAACUGGGUCACAUGCAUUUACAAAACUAGGUCAGUAGGUCUAAAAAUAGAAAAACCUUGUGACCUCUCUAGAGGCCAUAUUUUUCAACGGAUCUUCGUGAAAGUUGGUCUGAAUGUUCACUUUGAUGAUAUCUAGGUCAGUUUCGAAACUGGGUCACGUGCCUUCAAAAACUAGGUCAUUAGGUCAAAUAAUAGAAAACCCUUGUGACCUCUAUAGAGGCCAUAAUUUUCAUGAGAUCUUCAUGAAAAUUGGUGAGAAUGUUCACCUUGAUGAUAUCUAGGUCAAGUUUGAAACUGGGUCACGUGCCUUCAAAAACUAGGUCAUUAGGUCAAAUAAUAGGAAAACGUUGUGACCUCUCUAGAGGCCAUAUUUUUCAAUGGAUCUUCAUGAAAAUUGGUCAGAAUUUUUAUCUCGAUGAUAUCUAGGUCAAGUUCAAAACUUGGUCGCAUGAGCUCAAAAACUAGGUCACUGUGUCAAAUAAUAGAAAAAACGACGUCAUACUCAGUUCAAAACUUGGUCAUGUAGGGACAGGUGAGUGAUUCAGGACCAUGAUGGUCCUCUUGUUUCACUUCUUCCACUAACACAUUUUUUUUUACGGUACUAAAAAAAUAUUCUGUGAAAUCAUUAAUAUUUGUGGUUUAACAUUUUUUUAUGGAUUUCAAGGUUGAGUCAAUUCAUGAAAUUAAAUCCAAAUGAAAAAGCAAAAUUCCCUAUUAUUUUUAUGCCCCCGAAGGGAGGCAUAUAGUUUUUGAACCGUCUGUCGGUCGGUCCGCAUUUUUCGUGUCCGGUCCAUAUCUUUGUCAUCCAUGGAUGGAUUUUCAAAUAACUUGGCAUGAAUGUGUACCACAGUAAGACGACGUGUCGCACGCAAGACCCAGGUCCGUAGCUCAAAGGUCAAGGUCACACUUAGACAUUAAAGGUUAUUGCAUUGAUGGGCGUGUCCGGUCCAUAUCUUUGUCAUCGAUGGAUGGAUUUUCAAAUAACUUGGCAUGAAUGUGUACCUUAGUAAGACGACGUGUCGCGCGCAAGACCCAGGUCCGUACCUCAAAGGUCAAGGUCACACUUAGACAUUAAGGGAUAGUGCAUUGAUGGGCGUGUCCGGUCCAUAUCUUUGUCAUUGAUGGAUGGAUUUUCAAAUAACUUGGCAUGAAUGUGUACCACAGUAAGACGACGUGUCGCGCGCAAGACCCAGGUCCGUAUCUCAAAGGUCAAGGUCACACUUAGACAUUAAGGGAUAGUGCAUUGAUGGGCGUGUCCGGUCCAUAUCUUUGUCAUCGAUGGAUGGAUUUUCAAAUAACUUGGCAUGAAUGUGUACCACAGUAAGACGAUGUGUCAUGCGCAAGACCCAGGUCCAUAGCUCAAAGGUCAAGGUCACACUUAGAUGUUAAAGGUCUUUUUUCAUGAUAGUGCAUUGAUGGGCGUGUCCGGUCCAUAUCUUUGUCAUUCAUGCAUGGAUUUUAAAAUAACUAGGCAUAAAUGUGUGACACAGUAAGACGACGUGUCGCGCGCAAGACCCAGCUCCAUAGGUCAGAGGUCCUAAACUCGAACAUCGGCCAUAACUAUUCUUUUAAAGUGCAAUCGGGGGCAUGUGUCAUCCUAUGGAGACAGCUCUUGUUUCUUCAAAGUUUGAAAUCCACUAAUUUAUAUCGCCAUGAAUAAACUGAUUUGACCAAAACCACAAAAGUUAUGCCUAUGAAAUGAAAUGAUUUCUUGAUAAAAUAAUACCACUGGUGUUAGACAUCAUUUUAUGGGAUUCAAUGUUGUAAUAGGAACUUUU